UGGUGUGAUAUGAAGGAUACGCCUGUCUCACCUGUGGGAGAUCAAUCAAUUGUGGAAUAAUCGUGUUAUCUACAAAAACAUUGUAUUGAGUGUUCGGAAUUGGUUUUCUGCUCUACACAAGCUAAAUCGCUUACGGACGGCGGAGAAGAAGCGUUUAUUAUUGGUAAUGAAUUUUCACGGGGUCCUGAGCUCACGAAGUGUGUUUGUAAAUCAAAACGUACAGUAUUGACGGGUGGGAUUUGUUUGCUUCCUGGCUUGCUUACGUGAAAGCCGUCUUCGGAUUUGGCAAUGUGGAUGUCUAGCCAGGUGAGAGGAUAGCAAAUCGAGCUCCCCAACGACAUAGGCUUUGGUGCAUCACCACACCUGCAGGCUCAUAGACAACACCAUCAUCAUCACAGGAUGCUAGACCUUAUCUCCGAUCGACCGCUGUCAGCAGCUAUAGAAUAUUCUUCCGAGCGUCAGCGAGUUGAUGGUCGGUGCUCCACUACUAAAUAGGCUGGAGCCAGUUGCUGGUUGAUACGCACUUAGCCUGUGUCAGAAACUGUCAUUGUCACAACUGGUCACAACUGUUGGGGAGAGGCUUCUAGGUAAGAUAAGGUUCUUCCUUGAAGAAAGAUUUCAUCGCAUUCCCGAGCGAUACCAGAUCUCCCGCCCUUUUAUUCUGAUUGGAGACAUUUCUUUGCACGGUUACCAGUUUUUAUCUUGUCAACUGUCCGAAAAGGCUUUAUCGACUGGGCGUGAGGUCGCUGGAUUCACAUUGUGUUGGCAUUGUGUUAAUAUCGCUGAAGAGUUCGCCAAUUCUGUUUUGAUCGAGACUUCUAACCAUAUAGGGGUGUGGACAUUGCAGAAUCUGUUUUAAGUACGCUCGUGACUCUCCCGAAGCUAUCUUUAGACCUAAUCGGUCACGUGCUAUAUGCUGCCCGCGCGAUUUCGUUUUUCUGUGCAGAUGUCGAUGGUUUGGAGCUACAGUUAAUGAGGGAUUGCUCUUGUCGCCUUCCAAUCAUCGCUGUUAUCCAGGGUCGAUUUCCUCAAUCGCGGUAACUUUGUAACAGUUGUGCUACGUUUGUUUAUUUGAUUGGUGUUUAUUUGAUUGGAGUGUGCUUUGUCCAACAGAGAGCCGAGUUUAUGCUAUGUUUGAUAAAAUGUGCUAUGUUUGACAAAUUGACAUAUAACGUCAUCUGAAGAUUGGCAUGUGUAAAUUUGUUUUCAUUGCAGGUGUAACCAUGUGUCUGUGACCUAAUCGAUUUUGUCCUGAAUAUUCGAGUCACGAGCUAUUCAUUCGUUGUCGUAUGCCACGGGAUAUUUCUGAGUCUGUUUCAAUUUUCCUGAUUGAUGCUGUUUCUGUGCUUACAUACAUAACUGUUUUUGUUUUCAAUUGACGCGAGACAUAUAUAUUGUCACUUGAAGAUAGGUUCGCCCUCUGACCCUGCCCGUAUCGUGAUGAAUGCAUUACACAUUUUGACAAGGGGAGGGGCACUUAAAGCAAUCACUCACGCUCGUUGCUUGGUAAGAAUUGUGGUCGUACCUUGCCAUCUUUCACCGCAAUGUUGAAGGUUUGAACUGACUAAAGCUUAAGUUCUACUACUGCCCAGAAUUCACAAUCCCGGCCUAACGUUCGGGUGUCCGAAGAUUGUAGACUGUUGGCUUCAAUCAUGGGGUGUAUGCACACAACCGUAGAGAUGCGCGAGGAAACUACAAAUCAGGACAAGGAAUCCUCCAACGGCAUAAGCCACAGUCCUCGAUUGUGCAAAAUACACAACGACGUCCCUCAAAGUGACGUUAACGUCAACGUGGCGUCAUUGAAGUUGAAAGCGCUUCAAGAAACUGCAUUUGGCGAAGACAAAGAAAGAUCUCUAAUGUAUCAAACGAAUAUAUUGAAAAGUUCCGAUUCUGUAAACACGGGGAGUUCUCUGUCAUUGGCCGAUUUGGAGACAUACCGGAAGAAGAAAUUUCCAAAAUGGCACGGCUAUCGAAAAUGCAAAUACUGUACGGACGAAGAGAGCUUACCUUCGUUGUUCAUGUCGAUUUGCGACAGCGUCAGUUUCGAAGCGAAAAGCGAGGCGUCAAGUACGGACCAGCUUUGCAAACCUACCGAGAAACGCAAGAAGCGAAAGGGCCAAAUGGUACCAAGGGGACUUCCUUCUCGGAACAGCUGUAGAAACUGCAGCACCAAGCUGAAAAGAGAGGAGCCCUUGAAAAACAAUGUCCCAAAUAAUGUCCAAUCGGAACUGCAUACGUCCAGAUACAUAAACCUUUUGGCUAUGAAUGCUUUGGACCUGACUGCACCAGCCAGUGAUGCCCUCCUGAAGAACCGGAAGAAUGCCUGGGUACAAUUGGCCGGACAUCCGGGGUCUUUUGCUCCAGCCGGGCCAGACACUAUUUGGAAGAAACGGCUGACGAAGGAUAACAGUGAAGUGAAGGCCUAUCAGGCUCUGAUGAAUGAUGCGGCGAAAGAUGUUGUCCCUGCGUUCUACAGAGAGGUGGAGUUCAAUGGAGACUUUUUUAUAGAGAUGGAAGAUCUUUUACACAACUUUCACGAUCCCAAUAUAAUGGACAUCAAGAUGGGAUGCAGAACUUUUUUGGAGGCCGAGGUAAAGAACCCUGUGAUGCGGAAGGAUCUUUACGAGAAGAUGAUCAGGUUGGAUCCUGACGCGCCUACGCCGGAGGAGCACGACGAAAGGGCGAUAACCAAGUUGAGAUACAUGCAGUUCAGAGAACAGGAGAGCUCAACUGCCUCUUUAGGAUUUCGGAUUGAGGCUAUCAGAGUAUCUGGACAAACACCAAUCACGGACCUUAAGAAGGUGAAGACGAAGGAAGAGGUUGGAGCUGUCAUAGAGAGGUUCAUCAACAGCUCUGAAGGAAUUCGAAAAUCUAUCGAAGAUAAAUUGCUACAUCUACGACAGUGCUUUGAAAAAUCAGAGUUCUUCAAAUCACACGAGUUGAUAGGCAGCUCCUUGUUAGUUAUGUUCGACAACAGAGGUACUACUGGAGUGUGGAUGAUCGAUUUUGCCAAAACGCUCUCGGUAGAGCACACAGUGACUCACAGGGAGCCCUGGGUACUAGGCAAUCACGAGGAUGGCUAUUUGACGGGCCUGGACAAUUUAAUACAGGUGUUUACGGACCUCUCUUCUUCCUGCCAAAACCAUAACGAACAUCAAUUAUCAAUUCUGGAGCAGACGACAGCAAGCGAUGUCACGUGAUACCUCGGUUGCCUUGACGCCGAAAGCUUUCCCUAUCCAACACACUAGGUGUCUUCUAUUUCACCCAGAUCCUGUUUGGGCGGUGAAGUAGCUUGGCAACCCGCUUCUGCUUAUCUCCCUUGUGGGACUUACCACGAGAUAUCGCCCCGCAGGCCUCCGGUUUCCAGGUGAUCACAGCAGAAGUGAUAAACAAGUGACAGCCAUACUAUUUUUAAGCAGCAAAUUGAAAGACGAAACGAACAACCGGUGUUUUAACUACCAUCAUCAGUGCUGUGUGAUACUUAGACCUUUCCAUGGGAGGCAGCUUUGGUGAUGUACAAAAAAGAAGUUAUUUUUCUUAUUAAGAAGGGUUUAUUAUGGUUUCUUCUUUUGGCCGCCUGCAUGUUGACUGUGUUUCUUUCAAACCGUGUUCUGUGUGAUGUGACAAUCAGGAACAGUCGGAUCGUGCGUUCUUCAAAAUCGUGUGGGUUCAAGCUGUUCGAAGCGGUCGUACUGUGUUUUAUGUAUAAAAAUAUACGCUGUUACCCUGUCGUUUCAGCUUUGGUUGUUUCAUCUAACCAUGUAGGUUUAUCAGUAUUUAAUCCUUAGAUAAGUGUCACUCUGACUAUCUUUUGUUGACAAGUCUCGACGUGGAGGCGAAAUCAGACAAUGUUCGUUAGUUGAAUAGAUGGAUGAGGAAAGAAUUUUAUAUUUUCGUGAAAAGUCAGCUGCCAGUGCCAUCUUAUUAAGAUGCCCAUCACUGAAGAUCUCUAAGAUUAUGAAAUCCUUGAUUUUAUGUUUACGUCCCAAAACUUGGGAGUAACGUCACACGGAGCACUGGGACAAAAUAUGAUUGAACCUUACUCUGAUGGACAUCUUGCUCCCUGCGUAGAGAAUCUAUUUGGAUAGCGGAAUAUAAACGGGGUCUCACGUUUCUUUUGUCACAAAAGAUAUGUUCCAAACAAAUCACCGAGGACAACUGUGCUUUUGAGGCUGGAAUUCUGAAUGCAGGAACUAGUAUGUCUUGUUCAAAAUCGUCGUGUGGUCAAACUGGCCCAGUCAGAUGACGAAAAUGACAGCCUCGCACUUCUGGUAUUGUUAGUUGGAUACCUAUGUGAACGGAUCUGUACAGUCGUGAUGGAAGGUGUUACUGUAUCACGUUACAGUUUUCACCAAGGAUACGCAACUGAAAAGCACAAGUCCCAGGCCAACUGAUGGAAGGCUAGAUCCAGAGAGAUGUACCUUCUCCAGACCUUCAGUUGUAACUUUUGAAUCUGUAUUUUUGAUUAGCCUGGAUUUGAGUAUUUUAUGUCCUCGUUUUGUCGAGUGUGUUUGUUUGUAAUGUUUCUGGAAGGGCGGGACGUAACAUUAUCCUUCGCUAAAAAUAACUAAAGAAAGGGAGUCGUUUGAGCGGAAAUUGUGAAGAUUUUAUUUUAAAAAUGUGCAUCCAGGAAUACCAAAAGCGAUAUACCGGAGACAUAAAUUUAUUAAGUACCGUAUGCUUGUUUGAAGUAAGAGGUUUUGACUUCCACUUGACUGGAACGAACUUCUGACAGUAAUAAGGGAGGUAACUUUGUUUAACAUUUAUUUCCAUGUUUUUAUUUGGGGCCAUACUUCGAACUCAAGCCUUGCCAUAAAUUUAUUUUUUGUUAGCGGAUAAGCUUUGUUUGUUAAGAUUUCCCAGCAUGUUUGCAACUUUUGUGCGAGGUCAGAUGUUAAAUGAGACUGUUUUAGUUACAUAACGAUAUGUAUCUAUAUAUAUAUAUAUGUAUCUCUAGUUUUUGUUUAAUAUGUUUCAUGGUGUGCUUAUACACUAUGCAGUAGUAUCAGACCUUCUCAAGUUGUAAAGAACUGAAGUCAGCCAAAAGCCAGGACACGGUUGUUUAAAAGUGUACCAGAGGUGGUUCGGUGCCCUCUUUAAUCUAAACAAACUAUUUCAUUGUUGCAUUGUUGCAUAUUUUAUUGUUGCAUUGUUGCAUAUUUCAGCACAUUUCAACAUUGCAUUGUUGCAGAUCACACCGUCUGAACGAGGCUUAUAAAAUAGACUUCUCCCAUUUUCAUUUCACUCGAUACAAUUCGCGUGAUGUGAACGUGGGUUAACGGUUGCUACUGUCGAAUUCAGUGUAUCCCGGUGUUGCUUUCCUAUCAACUCAACCAUUUCUAGCAACAAUAUGGUAAAAGGGGGAUCCUGAAAGGAGGAAGAUAGCAGGAUUUAUUUGAUAUUUGCGUAACGCCUGUGGUCAAAGCUGCCGCAGCUUACAGGAUUUAAUUGAUGUUUACACAGAGCUGAUGAAAUUGUUGCCAAAGUUUUCACGGAGUAAAUUUUCAGUUCGAGGUGACAUCUGUAAUCCGUUACAAUCUAAGGGUAAUAACUACAUGUAUUGCGCCAUGAGAAUUUGCACAGUAUCCAUGGAAGAUAGCAGGAUUUAUUUGAUAUUUGCGUAACGCCUGUGGUCAAAGCUGCUGCAGCUUGCAGGAUUUAAUUGAUGUUUACACAGGGCUGAUGAAAUUGUGGCCAAAGUUUUCACGGAGUAAAUUUUCAGUUCGAGGUGACAUCUGUGAUCCGUUACAAUCUAAGGGUAAUUACUACAUGUAUUGUGCCAUGGGAAUUUGCACAGUGUCCAUGGAUAACCUGGUCACAACUGUGGCCAGUUGCGUCAGGAAAUGUCCCCAUUAUAUGUCAAGUAGUUUACACUCUUGAUCGUUUUUUUUAACCAUGUGCAUAUUUAUAGCGCCUCCAGCGUGUCAGUGGUUCUCUGGUGUCACUGCAGCAAGACCCUUGACUGCAGGUAGUUCUACUCAAUUCCUCAGUGAAUCCUAAAUAUGUAAUCAACGAAAUCUUCAGUCGCAUGUUGCUACAGAAUCCCAAAUGGGUUGAUCAUGUGAACUCGAAUCUGCCGUGUACACGUAAGACGGAUAAGCUGAUUGGUCACAGCACCGCUCUAGUACUUCAUUGGUUGAAAUGGGCUACCUGUAAUUGGACUGAACUCGAGAAACCCACCAAAGAUGGUAGAAUCAACCUUGAACAGAUGAAGGGAUAUAACCUUUGGUACAGCGAGAAUGCUGCAUAAUGACCGAGAUUUACCCAAUGUAACAAUACACAAGCGUUUUCAAGCGAAAAUUGUUUCAAAAAGUCUGUUUUACCUGAAUUGUUAUUUGUAUAUUAUGUUCUGUUCGUUUCGGAGAGAAAUGAAUGCAGAGGGCUAAAGAUCAUUUUUUUUUUUGUAAUGAUUUGAUAUCAGUGUCGAUAUAGGAUUUACCGAUAAGAACAAGUUGAUUCACGAAAUUGAUUAUUCUGUAUUAAAUUUGGUCCGCCGUAUUACUACUCCUCCUUUAAAACAGUUUCUUUGUGACUAAAAUUGUACGUAAUUUACGUCAGAAUAUUGUUAUGGUCCUCAACACAAAAGAAACCUUUCAGUGUACGUUGUAUGUCAUUUCUAUAGGGUAACCUUUUGACUGCUUUUAAAAGUUCUUAAGACCAAAUAAAUAUAGUAUAUUUCA